CAAAAAGUGCAAUCCCAAAGGGCAUAUCUGUCUAACAAGAACAACACACACACACACGAAAAAUACUCGCUCUAUAACCCCAUUUAACCCAUCCGCAAGCCUCUCGUUUGGUCUUUCUUUCAUGAACUCAAAAGCCUCAACUUUUCUUCAUUGGCUUCAUCCCUUCUCCUGCCUUGCAUGCUCGUCUGGCUGUAAGCCCUGCAACCCAAAACCACACCAGCAAGCCGUGCAACCGUGAACUGGUACAGAGCUUGGGGACUAAGGAGAGCUAGCUAGCAAUGGAUUCAAGCCAAACGCCUCCUCAGGGCCUAACCCAAGAAGAAUAUGCGGAGCUGAAGCCUCUCAUUGACAUAUACCAUAAAUUUGAGCCAACACCGAACACAUGCACAUCGCUAAUAACGCAGCGUAUCGACGCCCCAGCUCAAGCCGUAUGGCCUUUCGUUCGAAGCUUCGAAAACCCCCAAAAAUACAAACACUUCAUCAAGAGUUGUAACAUGAGCGGUGAUGGCAACGUUGGAAGCAUUAGAGAAGUCACUGUCGUCUCGGGUCUUCCAGCUUCGACAAGUACUGAAAGACUAGAGAUUUUGGAUGAUGAAAAGCAUAUAUUAAGCUUUAGGGUUGUUGGAGGUGAGCAUAGGCUGAGAAACUACAGGUCAGUCACUUCGGUCAAUGAGUUUCAUAUGGAAGGGAAAGUCUACACCAUUGUUUUAGAGUCUUAUAUAGUGGAUAUACCAGAAGGGAACACUGGGGAAGAUACAAAAAUGUUUGUGGAUACAGUUGUGAAGUUGAAUCUGCAGAAACUUGGGGUUGUGGCAAUGGGUUCUCUUCAUGGACAUGAUUGAGAAGAAGAUUGAAGUUGGUUGGAUGGAUUAGAUAUCUCUUUGGAACUCUUGUUAGUCUGGAUUUCGGGAAAGUUGGAUUUUUUUUUCUUUUUUAUUUAUUAAUUAAUGGGGUUUGAAGUUUGGGAUUGAUUUGUAUAUCUUAGUUUUUAUCGGGUGACGAACCCAGUUAUAUUGUUAAUUUGUUAUGGCAUAUAUAUUAUUUUAAUCUCUUAAAUACAUGAUUGAAAAACCAUUCAUCUUCAUUUUUAUUGAAGCUUGACCAAUGAAAUAAGAAACAAUAAUUCAGUUUGUUU